UGACCUUGCUUUGCAUUCUCCAUUUCUCUUUCAAAGACCAAAAUUAGGAAAGUAAAUAAAUAAAAUAAUGGGAUUUCCGGCAAAUGGCUCAUCGGAGAAACCAUUGAAGUUUCUGAUCUACGGUCGAACUGGUUGGAUCGGCGGUUUAUUAGGCAAACUCUGCGUAUCUAAGGGAAUCGACUUCGAGUAUGGCUCAGGGCGUCUCGAGAACCGGCUGUCUCUCGAGUCCGACAUUGCUGCCGUGAAACCAACCCAUGUAUUCAAUGCCGCCGGAGUCACCGGGCGUCCAAACGUCGACUGGUGCGAAUCCCAUAAGGUCGAGACCAUCAGAACCAAUGUGGUCGGGACUCUGACCCUUGCUGACGUUUGCAGGGACAAAUGCCUUGUCUUGAUAAAUUAUGCCACGGGUUGUAUCUUUGAGUACGAUGCCGCUCAUCCGAUCGAAUCGGGUGUCGGGUUUAAGGAAGAGGAUACUCCGAAUUUCACCGGUUCCUUUUAUUCUAAGACUAAGGCUAUGGUGGAGGAGUUGCUCAAGAAUUAUGAGAACGUUUGCACGUUGCGUGUUAGGAUGCCUAUUUCAUCUGAUCUAGCCAAUCCUCGAAAUUUCAUCACCAAAAUCACUCGAUAUGAUAAGGUGGUCAACAUUCCAAACUCCAUGACUAUCCUGGACGAACUUCUUCCCAUUUCCAUUGAGAUGGCCAAGAGAAACCUCACUGGAAUUUGGAACUUUACCAACCCUGGAGUGGUCAGUCACAACGAGAUCUUAGAAAUGUACCGUGACUACAUCGACUCCAACUUCACCUGGAAGAACUUUACUCUUGUGGAGCAGGCUAAGGUUAUCGUUGCCCCGAGGAGCAAUAACGAACUUGAUGCUAACAAAUUGAAGAAGGAAUUCCCUGAACUCCUGUCCAUCAAGGAGUCUCUUGUUAAGUACGUAUUUGAGCCAAAUAAGAAGACUGUUGCGGCUUGAUCCCAGUAAAACUGAAGUUUGUGUUCAAGGUGAACCAAGACAGCAAUGGAGCUUGAAAGUUUAGGUUAUGAAUUCUUUGAUUUUCCUUUUUCGUUCUAUUUAUUGAUUUGGCUCAUGUGGGUGUCGAUGUGAAUGUGGUAUCUCCGCAACCUCCUCCCAGAUGACUCCAAAGGAUUGCUGGUAUUUGUAUUCCAAUGUUGUAUUCAUAUAUUAACGUUUGAAUAAAUCGGUUGAAAAUGGUUUAUAUCUAAUUAUGAAUAUACUUUUAAUUUGUAAGAUUUGUUGUUUCAUAAACUACCUAUCAGCCAUGGCUCCCUUCGGAUCAUGAGAUGCUCUCCUAUUCCAACCUGAGUCUACUGUUCUCAUUGACACACAUCACAUGUUGUCAGUUUUGUUGAAUAAUUUCAUCAUUGUAUCUAAUUAACAGCGCUACAAUAGCGAAAUUCCUCCACGUGAAUCUGCUUGUUGAUUGAUAUCCCAACCACCCAAUUU